AUGACGUUGGCUAGUGAACUCGACCUACCUCUUCGUUUACUUGUUUGCCGCUCUCUUUUUCCAGUUCUAUCAAAUAAUGUCCACCAGGAUUCAGUGGAAUUUCGUCGUCAAGCUGUUGAAUCUGAGUUUGAAUUAAUUGAGCUGGAGCCCGAGGAGGAUUCCUUAGAAGAAGGGGAGGAAUUUGGUGUUCGUCGCUUGAAGUCGGCUAUAGAAUCACAUACAUGGUCCAACAUGAAACUACUCGAGUCUGCAAGUUGCCCCCUGCGUGCAGCCUAUUCCACUGACGUGAGUCGAACCGCAACAGACUGUGUUCCCAAAACCCAAGACACACAACCCGUUCUCAAAUCCCCUUUUUACAGUGGCGGAAAAUUGACCGACGAGGACACUGAUUUGCAGCUGGAUGAAACCGUCGAAUCCUUCGAACGGAUGUUCACAAGACUACAGCAUGCGCGCGAUAAAUUACCACAUUUGUCACGACCAGACCGUCAGAGACUAGCAGAACAGGUCGUAAUGGAAUUCUGGCACACCAUCGGUGGAUCUUCCGAUGAACUCAAUGAGAUCGACUGA